AUGGGGGCGGUAGCGGCCGAGUUGGAAGGCAAGUUGGCGGUGCAAGAGCUGCUUGGGUACGCUCUCUCUUGUGCUGCUGUGCACAACCAGACCGAGAUCAUGGAGCUGCUUCUGUAUCCAUCCAACAAAACAGGCAGUAAAUCAAAGUAUUUCCCGAGAAGACAAAGGUUCCAGUGUUGCUAUGCACUGCGGUAUCUCGCCUAUGCUGCGGUGGUUUGUGUGGAGCAGAACGCAUUGCAGGCGCUGGAGUUUCUUAUCGGGCAACAGAUACCGCCUCCGCUACUGGUGGAUACCGAUGUGGUGCGCUGCUUCCGUGUUGCGUUGGAGCUUGGAAGUGACUUGAAUGCUCCAGAACCUGAAGCGCACCGACCAAUGCUCAUGGCGCUUUUACAUCGUUACCCGGCGCUAUUACUUGCGCACGUGGACGGAACUCAUGAUGUCGAUGUAUCCUUAGAUAACAAUACCAGGAACCACAUAGAGGCUCUGCGAUCCAGCUUAUUAUACGAGUACGUCACGAACCCACAGCUACACAAGUAG